CUGAGUGACCAGGGUACAUCUGGAAGAGUGGAGCUGGCCUGAGCUGCUGCUGCUCCUUACAGCCUGGAGAGAUAAGUGAUCAGAGAUCCUUCAUCCUGAGCGUCAGUCAGGGAGACUCUCUCUCCGAGCUUCCAGCCUGCUCUUCUCCUCCCUCUCUCUCUCUCUACCUCCACUGACUCUCCUCUACCUGUAAUUUCCUACCCCUCAACCAUGGCUCCAACCCUGGCCACGGCUUUCGCCAAGCGCUGGUGGAUGGCAGUGACUGCUAUCAUUGAGAAUCUGCUCUUCUCUGCCGUGCUGCUGGGAUGGGGGUCGCUCCUCAUCAUGCUCAAAUCCGAGGGCUUCUAUUCGUACCUUUGCAAUGAGGAGGGUAACAGCUCCAGCUAUAAUCUGUCUCUGCCUGACGCAACGCCGACACCUGAUGAGUACGCUGACUACUAUGAAGGUGAGGAUGCUGUGGUCGGUCUGGGAGACGGCGUGGAGAUGAGGCCCCUCGUGCCGAUGGACGGGCCCCUGAGGAUGAACGGCUGGCUGAUCUGUAAGGAGCAGGACGAGAUGCUGAACCUGGCAUUUACCGUGGGCUCCUUCCUGCUCUCAGCCAUCACGCUGCCUCUGGGGAUCGUCAUGGACAAAUAUGGGCCUCGCAAGCUACGACUGCUGGGCAGCACAUGCUUUGGACUGUCCUGUCUUCUCAUUGCUUACGGAGCAUACAAACCAAAUGAACUCUCUGUCCUUAUCUUCAUUGCCCUGACUUUCAAUGGCUUCGGGGGCAUGUGCAUGACCUUCACCUCUCUCACACUGCCCAACAUGUUCGGGGACCUCCGCUCCACCUUCAUCGCUCUUAUGAUCGGGUCUUAUGCAUCUUCAGCCGUCACAUUCCCUGGUGUCAAGGUGAUCUAUGACAUGGGCAUAUCUUUCAUCUCUAUUCUGGUGGUGUGGGCUGCCUGUGCUGGAGUGGUCUUCCUGAACUGUUUCUUCAACUGGCCACUGGAACCAUUCCCAGGACCAGAGGACAUGGACUACACUGUGAAGAUCAAGUUCAGCUGGCUGGGCUUUGACCACAAAAUCACAGGGAAGCAGUUUUACCGGCAGGUGACAACGGUGGGCCGCCGUCUCAGCGUGGGCAACAGCCUGAAGCAGAAGGAGCUCGCCACCAAGGACGGCCACAAGCUCUGCCUGUCCACCAUGGACCUGGAGAUGGAUUGCAAGCCACAAGAAGAGUCCCAGUCAUUCCUGAAAAGCAUCAUCAGCCCGAUCUUCCUGCUCAGCGCUUUGACCAUGUCCGUCACGCAGCUUCGUCUCUUGUUCUACAUGGGGGCCAUGAACAGCGUCCUGGAGUCUCUCAGCGACGGAGACCUCAACACAGUGGAGAGAAUGGAAGUUGUGAGUCUCUACUCCUCCAUCUUUGGCGUGCUGCAGCUGCUCUGUCUGAUGACCACGCCUGUGAUUGGUCAGAUCAUGGACUGGAAACUGAAGGACUGCAGCGAUGGAGCGGAGGAACAGGAACCCUGCAGCAAGGACGAGCCAAAGAAAAAGCGUAGAGACAAAAAGACCCAGAAGGUGACCAAUGCCCUGCGAGCAUUCCUCCUCACAAACAUCCUGUUGGUAGGAUUUGGGAUCACAUGCCUGGUGCCCAAUCUCCCCCUGCAGAUCGUGUCAUUUGUCCUUCACACUGUGGUGAGAGGAUUCAUUCACUCUGCUGUCGGUGGCCUCUAUGCCGCUGUGUAUCCAUCCUCUCAGUUCGGCAGUCUAACAGGCAUGCAGUCUCUGGUCAGCGCUGUGUUUGCUCUGCUGCAGCAGCCACUGUUUCUGGCUAUGAUGGGACCCCUGCAGGGAGACCCUCUCUGGGUCAACAUUGGACUCCUUGUCCUCAGUAUGCUGGGCUUCUUGCUGCCGCUCUACCUGAUCUACUACAGAUGGACACUCAACAGACAGCAACAGCAGAAGGAGGAGAAAGCCAAGAUCUUCAUCAAAAUAAAUGGCUCCGACAUCCCAGAGGCCUACGUCUAGAGGAAAGCACGGGGCGCGAGAGACGGAGAACAGUGGCAAUCCACUGAUACAUUCACACAUACACAUGUAAAAGGACAACUGAAAUCUUAAACGUCACAUUUAUCCAUCAAUCACACACGAGCAAACAAAAUUGCCACCUCCAUUUUCCCAAAAUCCCACCAAGAUGAACUUAGGCUGUUGUUGCCAUGGAAACGAGUUCAUUGGAACAGUGUUGCUGAGGAGAAAAGUGAAACGUGUAGAGGGAAAAAGAAGAAGAAGAGAGAGGAAAAGACUGUGAAAGGAAAGAGGCGUCAGCUCUCUGCAUUCCCCCCAAAAUCCUCUGACUUCUCUCUUUUAUACCCUCCUCUCUCAGCAGCACGUCGGUGCAGCUCAGCUUCACAUAAGACUGCUUUUAUUUUCACUGUACGAAGGAAAAGAAAGCUUGUGUCGCCCACAAUUUUCUACUUUUGAAAUGCCAGCGUCAUUUAUGUGUGAUUCCAUUGUUGUAUGAAUUCUGUUUUCUUUCCUGAUUGUGAGUCCCAAAAACAUGGUGCUAUCUGGACAGAUGCCGGAAGGUUAAGUGUGGUGUAAUAGGCAUUGAUGAGUGACAGGGAGGAGAGUCGAGCCUUAUUGCUGAUGAACGAGAAGAGAGGACUUUAUUAAGAUUAAUUAUGGGGCUUUUUUAAUUACAAGGCUAAAAUCUUAUUAUUCAGUAAAAAUUAUACUGUCAGUGUUUUACGUGGCUGUAUUCCGUAAGAACAAACUCUGGUAAGUUUGCUAAAAGCAAAAUGUUUAGAUUAUUUAUUUUGUUUCUUUUGUUUCUUUUUAUACCUUAAGUUUAUCAGAUGUUUCUUUUUAGAUAUAGCCUCAUAUAAAAGAUGAGAUUUAUUGUUCAGUAGCAGAAUGCUCUGUUGAACGUUGACAUAUCAGUGAAAAUAUAUCAUAAUACAACUUCUUGUGCACAUACGUGCAUCCAUGAAACCAUCAUUAUCCAGAGGCCUUAGCGUAAAGUGAGUAUUUCAUUCUUUCUGUCUACUGUAAGAGAAAUGCAGCACUUUAUUCCUUGUGAACACACCAGCUCAUUUCAGCACUUCUCUCCUGAUAGAUAGAGUCUCACUUUUACACAUAUUUAUUUUAUCUUACACUCAUUUUUUCUUUCCAUCAUCAACCUCAUAAAGUACCGUAUUUUAAUGAGGCCAGGCUGCCAACUACAAACAUGUCAUAUACUGUGUUGUUUGUAUCAAGCUCUUGUCUUCUAUCAUUGAACAUAAUAAAGAGAUGUUUGUUGUAUUCUAGGUUAAUUUGGAAUCAUUCUUGGGGGUUAAUAAAAAUGUGUUGAUCUCUUUAAA